AUAUCUGAAUGAACAGUGCACCUAAUAGUAAAAGUGAAAUAAGUGAUAUCAUCAUUUUUGACAUAAUAUUGAGCAUCGACGAAUUAAUGUGAUAUUUCUGAACAUGGAUAAAUUCUUGACAAAAUCUAUGUCAACAUGCCGAACUUUAGCAUGUCGCUCACUGGUUGCUUGUCAGUGCUCUAAAAGACUUCAAAAUGUAAAUAACAGUACGAGGCAAAUGCACUCAGUGUUGAGCCAUCCAAAACUAAAAUUGUGUUCACCAGUUAAUCAACAACAUGUUAAUCUCUUACAAUUGCAAAAACGCAAUAUGUUUAUACAAACACAAGAUACUCCUAAUCCGAACAGUUUAAAAUUUAUUCCUGGCGUAGAAGUUUUGGGUUCUGGAAAAACCAAAGAUUUUCCUACCUUGAAAGAUGCAUCUUGUUCACCUCUCGCUAGAAUGCUGUUCCGCAUUGAAGGAGUCAAAUCAGUGUUCUUUGGACCAGAUUUUAUCACUGUCACUAAAGCAGAUGAAGACUUGGAAUGGCAAUUGAUUAAACCUGAAAUUUUUGCCAGCAUAAUGGACUUUUAUGUCAGUGGUCUGCCCGUUAUGUCGGAAUCUCAGGCUUCAUCUGAUAUAGCAAGUGAAGAUGACGAUGAAAUAGUUCAAAUGAUCAAAGAACUAUUAGAUACAAGAAUAAGACCAACAGUUCAAGAAGACGGUGGAGACAUAGUAUUCAUGGGUUUUGAAGAUGGAAUUGUUAAAUUGAAAAUGCAAGGUUCUUGUACUAAUUGUCCAAGCUCUGUUGUUACUUUAAAAAAUGGAGUUCAAAAUAUGAUGCAAUUUUAUAUACCGGAAGUACUGGGGGUUAUACAAGUCGAAGAUGAAGCAGAUGAAAUUACGAAAGAGGAAUUUGAAAAACUCGAAAAAAAAGUUGGUGAAUCCGAAAGCGAACAAAAAUAGAAAUAUCUUUAAAUAUUUUUUUUAUUUGUAUUAUAGUUGUAACAUAUUACCUACUAGAGUCUUAAAGUUACGCAUAAAUGUAAAUUAUUUAGAAUUAAACAAGUAAAAACAAAUUUCUUUCAGUCUAUUU